GGCAAGAUUAUAGAUAACAGAUUUCAUUGCAGGUGUACUUUACCUGCUCGUAUUACAAAUCCAGCAGCAGUCCACUGGAUUGCUUCCGUCAGCUUUUCCCAGAAUGAAGUUGUUAAAUGUACAUCAGAUUGCCGUUUUCAGUAUUUCAUAACGAGAUGAAGCAGAAGUCAGUGGACACGAAAUACACUAGAUGUAAUGUCCGGUGAUGUGCAUAUUCCAGUCUAAGCGCAUCUGUGAUUGAAUAUUUUGCAGUGAGCUUACACAGCCACCUACGUCUUAAAAAAGUUAACGCGUUUUAUUAGAGUUUGUAGAUUUUCAGCCUUGAGCAAAUCGUGCUUUUUGUGUGUGGCAACCUUGGCUGACCUAUGCCGGGGCACCACCAUGUAAAUACACCAGGCCAAGACCAGUAUUUAUUAAGUUUUCGCAUAGGUGCAAUCAAGCGGUGCAAUUUAAAGAUUCGUGUGAGCGACCUUUGCAUGGCCAGUAAUGCAGAUGGGAUUUAAUAAUAUAAUCUUCAGGUCAACUGUUCCAGGUCGAUGGUACCGUCAUACGGUUGAUACGGGGCGGCUUUCAGGGGAUUACGAGGCGCUGUCGGGUCCGCAUUCACCAAGUAAAUGGCCGGCAGUCUUUGCAGGAAUAACAUCGGCUAUGGUUUUGUUGCGGUAUGUGUCAGCAUCGCCAGCAGCACCUAAUAGCCAGCACUUUUCUAAAUAUCGUGUUAGAGUGGGUUAUUCGCUAUUCUCACGAUAUGGCGAAAACUGGUAGAUCAUUGAAUAAAGGUAAUGAGUUUCAUUCUUUCUGCACUGCUACAAAAGUGAAACUGUCUUACCAUUGCGAGAAAUGCACGUUUAGAUGAUCUUGUUGCCGUUGCAAGAAUUUCGCCUAUUUUGUCAUGAUGUCUUACGAAUACGCACAAUUUAAUUAAAAUUGAUGUCCAGACUAGACUCUAUGUUUUUUUAUUAUUAUUAUUUUAAAAUGGCUUUUUGGAUUAUGGUCACUUAAAUUAGUUUGCUAAAAGCCAGUUUAAAAUGGGGGUGCAUGUAAAAUAUCCCACAGAUAAAUUCCUUAUUCCAACACAGAUUUCUGGGCACCUAAUUUACACUGAGGUGUCCAUGUAACAUCCGACGAUUGUGAAAUAGAGCGUCAUAGUUUAAGGGAAACCUAAAUAUUCUUUAGCUCCCUGCUCUCCUGCCCCUGACCCCAUUCUACAGGACCGGAGGGCCACUGGGGAGAGCUUGGUUUCCGGGUGGCGGUGACCCAUACGAGGCUGUGGGCGUGAGUCAGGCGGCGCUGUGCCAUGCUGCCGCAGCCCUGCGCAUUCCGCAGCUUUCUUGGGAUUUGGACCGGGACAGAGCGGAUAGCUAUCAGUGCCAAGGGUCCGGUGCCGCCCCGCCCUCGCCGUCUAGUGUGCGCGACUCAGCUUUUCUUGCUCCUCCUGGCUGCGCUCUAUCUCCCUGAGUGCUCCCCAGCUGCUGUUUUCAGGGUGGGUGUUCUGGGUCCCUGGUUGUGUGACCCCAUGUAUGCCAAAGCACAGCCUGGCUUGGCGGCCCGGUUAGCCGCGGAGAGGAUUCGUGCCGACGCCUCCCUGUCCCUGUCUGUCACCUUGGAGCCUGUCGUCCUGCAGGAGGACUGCCAGACGGCACGGGCCCUGAACAGCUUUCUGGCUUACGGCUCCUGGGUGGCCGCCUUCGUGGGCCCCUUGAACCCUGGCUACUGCGAGGCAGCAUCUCUGCUGGGCCACAGCUGGAACAAGGCCAUGUUCUCCUGGGCCUGCGUUGGACCUAAGCCAAACCCCCAGGGCCGCCACUCCACCCUCGUCCGGACGUUGCCCUCGGCGGCUGCCGUGCUGCUGAACUUCCUGCGGCACUUUCGUUGGGCGCAUGUAGCCGUCCUGUCGUCGGUGGAGGAAGGCUGGGUGGAGACGGCCAUCCAGCUGGCCGGGGCCAUACGUGGCCACGGGCUCCCAGUGCGGCUGGUCUCCUCUGUGGGCAAUGACUCCACCAGCAUGCGCCGUGCCCUGACUGAGGUCAGGAGAGCAGAGGGUCUGCGUGUGGUGUUGCUCUGUAUGCACUCUGCGUUGAUUGGCGGAGCUACGCAGAAGCUGCUGCUAGAGAUGGCCCAUGACAUGCAGAUGACAAGUGGGCCGCUGGUGUUCAUGCCCUACGACACGCUGCUGUACGGCCUGCCCUACCGCGACAUGCGCUACCGUGUCCUGCGUGACAGCAGGAAGCUCCUACGGGCAUAUGAUGCUGUGCUUACCAUCACCGUGGAGACCAGAGACGUCUCCUUCUACCAGGCCUAUCAGGAGGCUGUGGAUCGUGGCGAGCUCCCUGUCUUGGUGGCAGGCCAUCAGGUAUCUCCUCUAUUUGGCACCAUCUACGACUCCAUCAUGCUCAUGGCCCACUCCUUGCACAGUCUUCAGCGCUCAGGGGAGUGGCCUUCAGGGGGCAUCCUGGCGCGCCACACCCACAACCUGACCUUCCUUGGCUUCAGCCAUCCCAUCCGCAUAAGUGACUCUGGCGCCGCCCUGCUGGACUAUGUGGUACUGGACACAGAUGGGCACUCCUGGGAACUCUAUCCCACGCAUCGCUUGGACAUGGAGGCCAACUUGGUUAGGUUCCUGGGUCGAGCAAUCCACUUCCCUCAUGGAGUCUCCCCUGAGACUGAUUCCAGUUGCUGGUUUACAGUCGGUGUUAUCUGUUCUGGAGGUGUGGAGCCUUUUUUGGGCAUCGUAUUGUCUGCGACAGUCCUCCUGAUGGUUUUCUGCUUACUGGGACUUAAGUACAGCAUAAGGCGACACGUCGGCCAGUUCAAAAGGCUCAGGGGUCCCGACAAGAUUUCACUGCGGCUGGAAGACCUCAUGUUCAUCAGCCCGUUGCUAAGCAACAGAAAGAGCCGGGGCAACAGCAGGGCUAGUGAAAUUCAGACGAGCGUGUCUGAAGCAGAACGGAGUCUGAGGUCCCCAUAUUCUACAGCCAGCCAUUCCCCGGCCACCCUGGACAACUCCAAUAUUGCCAUCUAUGAGGGGGACUGGAUGUGGUUAAAAAGGCUGCCUAAUGGAAAUUUCGGUGACAUCAACCCAGCAACAAGUGAUGUCUUUGAGCUGAUGAGGGACAUCCGGCAUGAGAACAUCAACCCAUUCAUAGGAUUCUUCCAUGACUGUGGCAUCUUCGCCAUUGUGACCGAGUUCUGUUCCCGGGGAAGCUUGGAGGACCUUCUGUAUGCGGAUGAAAUUAACCUGGACUGGAUGUUCAUCUCAUCACUCAUGCUAGAUCUCAUCAAGGGCAUGAGGUACCUGCAUCACUGGGAAAUGUGUCAUGGCCGGCUCAAGUCGCGCAACUGCGUGGUAGAUGGACGCUUCGUGCUCAAGGUGACCGACUAUGGCUGCCGUCAGGUGCUGGAGUCACAGAAGUUUCCCUACAUAGAGCCACCCGCAGAAGAGCUGCUGUGGACGGCCCCAGAGAUCCUACGGGGCCCGACCCCGGGCCUGACUGGCUCCAAGCAGGGCGACGUCUACAGCUUCUCCAUCAUCCUGCAGGAGGUGGUGAUGCGUGGGCCCCCGUUCUGCAUGCUGGAUCAGUCUGCUCAAGACAUCAUCCAGCAGCUCCGUAGGCCGCCACCCCUGUGCCGGCCCAUGGUCCUGUCAGACUCCACCCCCGCCGAGUGCAUUAAGCUCAUGGAGCAGUGUUGGGAUGAGCAGCCCGAUCGGAGACCCACCUUUGACCAGAUCUUCAAGCAGUUCAAAAACAUCAACAAAGGGAAGAAGAUCAACAUCGUCGACUCCAUGCUACGCAUGCUGGAGCGGUACUCCAGCAACCUGGAGGAGCUGAUCCGGGAACGGACGGAGGAGCUGGAGGUGGAGAAGCACAGGACGGAGAAGCUGCUCACUCAGAUGCUUCCACCGUCCGUGGCAAAGGCCCUGAAGCUGGGCUGUACGGUGGAGCCAGAGUGCUUCGAUAACGUGACGUUGUACUUCAGUGACAUUGUGGGCUUCACCGCCAUCUCUGCCAGCUGUGAGCCCAUAGAUGUGGUGAAUUUACUCCAUGAUCUAUACACUCUGUUCGACGCUGUCAUCGAGAACCACGACGUCUACAAGGUGGAGACCAUCGGUGACGCCUAUAUGGUGGCAUCAGGGCUGCCCGUUCGUAACGGCAGCCGGCAUGCGGCUGAGAUCGCCAACAUGGCCCUGGACAUCCUGAACGCAAUGGGCACCUUCAAGAUGAGGCACAUGCCAGACAUGCCGGUGUACAGCCGCAUCGGACUGCAUUCGGGGCCCUGUGUGGCAAGUGUUGUUGGACUAACAAUGCCCCGGUAUUGCCUCUUUGGAAACACAGUCAACAUUGCAUCCCUCAUGGAGGCCACAGGCAUGCCGCACCGCAUCCACAUCAGCCACAGCACAGUACAGCUCCUGCAGGAGCUGAAUACUGGGUACCGGGUACAGCUGCGGGAGAUGCCUGAAGUCCUGAAGGACACAGGAUUGAAGAACACCUACUGGCUGAUCGGCAGGGAUGGCUUCACUAAGCCGCUGCCCCUCCCACCCGAGGCCCGACCAAAGGACUUCAGAUUGCUCCUCAAGAGGACGGUGAAGAGACUCUCUCACGUGAGGCACGUCACUCAAAUAACCACAGCGGAUGAGGGCAACGUGAUGAUACACCACCACUGAGGCCGAAGAGCGGGAUCGAGCCGUACUGUGAUGGCUGGGGAUGAACAAGCCCGGGAUGGGCCUGUUGGAUAGCGCAGUCCCUUCGUGUGACAUAGUAUGGACAGAGAAAACAACUGACCACUGCACGCCUGCUUUUGGGUUGGCUCGUGGGCGGAAUUUUUUGGAAUACUCAAGGCAGCUCGCCAGCAGAGACUAGAAAUGAAGGGAGAAGCAGGAUACCAGCUGAGAUUAGAUGCUCCUGUUCAUUAUGAAUCACCUUGCAGGAUGAUGUGGUAAUUUAGAGGAAGGUGGAGUGCAUUACUCAGACAUGGGGGGCGGUCGGCCUAACUUUCAGAAAACAAAGCCGGCCGUGUCUGAUCCUGCAGCAGAGCACAUCCUGCAUCCUGUAGGGAGUGUCCCACUAGAGUGCUGACCUCAAACACCUCAGGCUCACCUGGGACUUUUGGUUUUGGACCCCAAACACAAGAUAAACACAAGACCUGUAGGCACAGCAACACGUGUCUGGGUGAAUUCUGUACUGCUGUUAUCUUUAUUCAUUUUAUGAACAUAAGUGGGGGUGUGUGUGUAUUACAUUCAUAUAUUUAAUGUACUGUACAUAUAUUCUGUUAAAUAGAAUAUAGCCUGUAUUUGUCAGGCAUUAACACAACUCAUGGAGAAAAUAAGUUCUGCUUUGGAUCACACUGAUGUGAAAGUCUCUUAUUUUUAGUUUUUUUUUCCAUUUAAUAUAUGUACUGUAUAUUUUUGACAUUUCAGUAAAUGUUGUGGUUCUGACUACCUGAUGGCUGUGCUGGUGAAGUCCC